AUGUCUUCUCCUUACACCGUCGUCGCUACAGACAAGGCUCCUGCUGCUAUUGGACCUUACGUUCAAGCCGUCAAGUACAAUGGACUCAUUUACGCUUCCGGUUCUAUCCCCCUUGAUCCGGUUAGCAUGAACGUUGUAGAAGGUGGUAUCACCGAGCAGACCAACCAAGUAUUCAAGAACAUUUCCAACGUACUUUCAGAAUCCGGAUCAUCACCCGCUCAAGUGCUCAAAACAACUUGUUUCCUUAAAGAUAUGGGUGAUUUCGUAGCUUUCAACAAAGUUUACACUGAGUUCUUUGGAGAGACUAAACCUGCUAGAUCGUGUGUCGAAGUCGCUAGAUUACCUAAAGACGUUUUGGUAGAAGUUGAAUUCAUCGCUGUUGAGGGUAAAUAA